CUCCACCACCGGCAACUUCAUCGCCGGUCGAGCCCUUUCUCUCUCUUUUCCGAUCUUUAUAUUAAAAAAUAAACACAAAAAUAAUUAAAAAAAUCAAUCAAACAUCAAAUUCCAAGUCUAUAUCCUUCUCUUUCUCCUCUUGCAGACCAGACACCUAAAAUCUCUCUCCCAUUUCCUCUCUAUAUCUAUACACAACCUCUACAUAGACGAUAUACACAUUUCUACAACAAUGAAUGUGUAGAAGAAAUGGCGCAGUACAGGCAAUCUGGACACCAUUACUCAAACGGCACGUCGGAUCAUGUCGCCGUUGGGAUUCGUGCUUCUCCUUCGCCGCCGCAGCAGCAGUAUAAGCCGGUUCGGGUUCGCCGAUCUGGUCGAUCCGAUAAAGGCAGAAAUACUAGCUUCUCGAUCGGUGCGGUCAUUGUUUUUCUCUGUGUUGUGCUCGUUGUCACUGUUUUAGCGUACUAUUACCUCUCCAAGGAUAAUAAAGAAAUAAAUGUUCAUAGUGUUGAUGAUGAUGAGAUGAAGACUGACCUUGAUUUUCUCACCAAUGUUACACGGACCGAUAACUUUAGAGUGCUUGGGUUUGGCCAAGGUUCUGUGGGGCAUGGACGGGAUUCUAGGUAUUGGGACAAGGAUGAUAGAAGAAGGGAUGUAGAUUAUAAUAUGGAUGAUGUGGAUCAUGAUAGUAAGGAAGUUCAGGAUGAAUCUGUGGAAAAGGGUUAUGUUCUAGCAAAUGUGAAGAAUGUACAGGAAAAGGCUUCUCAAUAUGAUGCUUCUGACAGUUUAGAUCGAAGAGGAGUUGGAUUGUACAAUGAAGAUGGCCGUAAAGAAUUGAAAAGGUAUGAGGCAGAGUAUGAGGCCUCUCUAAAGAAUGCUGGCCAAUCAAGAAAGGGAAAUGACAUUAAAAAUCGGGCACUUGAUGAUGAGGAUCAUGGAGAGCAGAAUGAGGCAAUUGAUACUGAUAACGAGUAUGAUGAUGGUAUAGAUUCCCAUGAUUUUCAUGCAGAGGAUUAUGAUGAUUCUGAACAUGACAGUGGGGGCCACACUGUUAUAGGCAUAUCCCAUGGUGAAGAUGAUAAAGAAUUCUCUAAUGUCCAUGAUGCUGAAACUAAGGUGCAAAAUAUUGACAAGGGAAAUCGGGAAGUAUCUGAGGAUAUGUUAGAGAAGCCUAUGAAGUCCAGAACUUUGGGUAAUGUUGACAAUAAUUCUCGACAUGUUCGUUCUAGUGGCAGUCAGUAUACAACUAAAUCGCAGUCGGAAUCAAAAAGAAAACCUAGGCGCCGGAAAUUUUCUGGGGGGUGUGAAAUGAAGUUUCUAAAUUCUACCACACAACUUGUGGAGCCUUUUGAAAGUCGGAAAUUUGCAAGAUUUUCAUUGCAGUAUGUUGAAAGGGAGGACAAGCCAAAUGAGGAGGAAGAAUGGGAGCCCAGAUUUGCUGGGCAUCAGACCUGGCAAGAACGUGAAGAUUCAUUUUUGGUACAUGAUCAAAAAGUAAAUUGUGGCUUUGUCAAAGGUCCUGAAGGGUCCCCAAGUACAGGAUUUGAUUUGGCUGAAGAUGAUGCUAAUUAUAUCAGUAGAUGCCACAUUGCUGUAAUCUCCUGUAUCUUUGGAAAUUCAGAUCGCUUGAGGUCACCUGCUGGUAAAAUGGUCACUCGUGUAUCAAAGAAAAAUGUCUGCUUUGUUUUGUUCAUGGAUGAAGUUACUCUGCAAACAGUUUCUUCAGAAGGCCAAAUGCCAGAUAGAGCAGGUUUUAUUGGUUUAUGGAAGAUUGUGGUAGUGAAGAAUCUACCAUAUACUGAUAUGCGGAGGGUGGGCAAAAUUCCAAAAUUAUUGCCACACCGGCUUUUCCCUUCUGCUAGGUAUUCGAUCUGGUUGGAUAGCAAAUUGCGUCUUCAACUUGACCCUCUACUUGUUCUGGAGUAUUUUCUAUGGCGUAAAGGUCAUGAAUAUGCCAUUUCUAAUCACUAUGAUCGCCAUUGCGUAUGGGAAGAGGUUGCACAGAACAAGAGGCUUAACAAGUAUAAUCAUACUGUAAUAGAUGAGCAAUUUACUUUCUACCAGGCUGAUGGACUGAAAAAGUUCAAUGCCUCUGACCCAAACAAACUUCUUCCGAGCAAUGUACCAGAAGGGUCCUUAAUUGUGAGAGCACACACUCCAAUGUCAAAUCUUUUCUCUUGUCUUUGGUUCAAUGAGGUUGAUCGCUUUACUCCUCGUGAUCAACUGAGUUUUGCAUAUACAUACCAGAAAUUGAAAAGGAUGAAUCCUGGGAAACCAUUUUAUCUUAACAUGUUCAAGGAUUGCGAGAGAAGAGCCAUAGCGAAGUUGUUUCGUCAUAGGUCUGAUGAGAAGCGACAUACUCUUCGUCAACAAGCAAUAGAAUGAAUUGCGCAAGAUAACAUUUCUUUCGCUGAUAGCCUAUUUCUGUACAUUAUUCUUGGCUGCAUGCAGAAUUAUCGAUUGAUGACGGUAAGUCCUCUAAAGCCCCCAGAAUGUUACACGAGUGCUAGUUGUCGAUUACCUCAUCAAAUUUUGAAAUUUGAA